GAAGGCCUCUUCUUCAUCUCAAUCCUCAAUCUGCGUUUGAGGAAUGAGGCUGGGCGUAGAUAACAUAAUGGCGGCUAGUGAAGGAGGAGAAACUGUGACUUCUGGUAGCUUGCCCGCAAAAAAGAGACAUAGAGGAAUUCCUGAAGCAAUUUUCUUGGAGGAUGUAGAUGAUUACAUGCAAUGCCAGGAAGGUAUAAGCACAGAGGGUGUGCUUGCCAAACUAGAUGAGCAGUACCAGAAAUACAAGUUCAUGGAAGUGAAUCUGGUUCAAAAAAGGCAUCGGCUAAAGUCACAAAUACCAGACAUAAAAACAACGUUAGAUGCUAUUGAAUACCUGAAAGCAAGAACGGAUGCUCCUGAACCAGUCAACACCCAGUUUCUCUUGUCAGAUCAACUUUAUGUCAAUGCAGUUUUGCCUGCAACAAAAACUGUUUGUUUAUGGUUAGGGGCCAAUGUUAUGCUUGAAUACGAUAUCAAUGAAGCGGAGUCAUUGUUGACAAAAAAUGUUGAGACGGCCAAAGAAAGUCUUGGUGAGGUGGAAAACGAUAUAAAUUUCUUGAGAGACCAAAUAACGACCACUGAAGUCAAUAUGGCCAGGGUAUAUAACUGGGAUGUAAAAAGAAGACAAAAAGCAAAGUCGUCAUGACGAAGAUGGGAACGAGUUGAAUAGUGCAUUUGAAGGAUUUACCUGCAGUUGUUAUGAACGACAGCUAUUAACACAAAGUUUUUGCUGUUGACAAGAAACGUGUAUAUGAAUAAAGAAUUCGUUUAUGAUUGUUUCAGUUUA